AUGGAAACGAGUUACUCUUAUGACUUUCCAGCUUUUCACAACUAUAUUGAACGGGAAGGUACUAGUUUGGACGAAGUGAAUAAUACCCAUUCACCAACUAGUUUAAGAAUUGGUUUGGAAUUUGAGUCUUGGAACAAUGUUGAUAUGGAAUUAAUCCAUUGUACACAACAAAUAGAGUUUGUGUGGAUCAAAAUACGAAAAGUAAUCAGUAAAGAUCGUACAACUAGUGUUUCAUUUGCCUGUGAUCGAUCUGGAAUUUAUAAGCCUAAAAAGGUUGCUGAUAUAUUAAACAGAGAAAUAAAGGGAGCAAAAAGUGCAACUAUACAGAUCGGUUCACAUCAGCUUAAGGAAACGUUUGAUGAGGUUCAAUUUUAUACAAUUGUAGCGAAUAUUGAUGCUGCUGUACAACAUAAUGAUGCUUCAAAUUUAUUAAAGAAAAUAAUCUCUUUAAAACAAGAUGAUGAUCCACUUUGGUUUAUUGAUUCAUUUACUGCUAAUAAUAAUCUCACAAGAAUUAUGUGGAUGACACCUAAGCAAAUCAAUUUAUUGCUGUAUUCAGAUGUUAUCAUCUGUGAUACUACAUUUGGUGCCAAUAAAUACGAUAUGUCACUUAUGUUGGGUUUUGGAUGUUUCAAGUUGAAUGGAGAUUUACUUAACAAACAUGAUGUUGCAAGGCAAUAUCUUACUGAUAACUUAUAUCCAAUGCAUACGACAUGGGAAAAGCGUUACAUUAAUCAUAAUCUUUGCAAUUUAAGCAAUGAUUUGUUAGAAUCAAGCAACGAUGAUCAUAAAUGCAUUGAUCUUAAAAAAAAUAUUGGAUUUUCAAAUAUUCUUGAAAUUUGGCAUGUAACAUAUGGUAUCCGUGAAGCUUAUAAUUUAUUGCUUCCUUACGAAAAUUGGAAGCCCGGACGACGGAUGUCGGGUGACGAGGAACCUAAUCUCUUCUCAUUACUGGAUCAUUAUGGUGAAGCGCAAUUGCCAUCCGACGGAGGGGACCCCGAUUACUUCGACCGAUUUAUAAUUUAUGUGAGAGAUAACCCGCCUACCGCGGGUGGUUGCAAUGGGGUACCAUUAUUUAUGAUUAUUUUAAGAUUUUAG